AUGAACAGAUUUGACUAUGACUCUGUCACCUUUGUGCCUAAUGCACUCAAAUCCAAAUCCAAAUCCAAAUCCAAAUCCAAAGGCAAAGGCAAAGGCAAAGGCAAAGGCAAACCCAAUCCCCAGUCAGAAUCUGCUCCAUCUUUCCAAAAGAACUUGGAAAUACCAGCGAGUAAUCAGACCUGUGUUUUAGAGAAGAAUGAUGAAAGUCAAAGGCUGGAUGAAAGAAAGGAGAAGGGAAAGAAAAAAGAGGUGAUCUCAGAUAAAUCACUGACAGACCAUUCUGGUUUCAGUACCAAGUCAAUGACAACCUUGACACUGCCUGCAAAUAUGUCAAAGGUGGCCAAAGCAUGUCAGAAAGCACAAGCUUCAUCCAAGCCUGAGAGCUUAAUGUGGAAUGAGAAGAAGCAGGUCAAGACUCACAUGCAUGAGAUAGUCCAGUAUGUCUAUUGGAUGAAAAAGCAAAGAGAAAGAGUCAAGCUUCCUGAAGAGCCCAGAAUCAGGUUCAAGGUUCUGUUCACGCUUUUAGAAAUGAAGUCUUAG